AUGUAUCAAUUAGAUUACAAAAACAUAGCCAAAUACAUAAUCCUCAACGUUGUCUAAAGGUUAGUAGAGACGCCGGUGAUGAGGAGAGGUGAAAUUGGAAAUAUUGGAGACCGUAACUGUCCUAUACUGAUUAAUCUAUUGGAUUUUCUGUCCGUAUCAAAUAAAAAAAAAGGCAAGAAUUCAGAACAAAUAAUGAAUUUCACGUUGUUCAUGAAGAAGCGAAUCAAUUGACAAGCUACAAGCUGUGACAGCCGCCGACCUCGCCGGCGAAGCUUUUCCGCGACCAAAGUUCGGAAGGUGUAGAAUACCGCUGCUGCAUCAAAGAAAAGAGAAUGCAGACUUGCACUAUCAGAACUUGUCGUGUUCCUGCACCGUACGAUCGCGUCUACAGAGCUCCGGUUUCAAGAGCACGAUUACAACUUCCCCCAAUCUCAUUUCCGGAGCUAAAACCCAGAAGUUUUCAACUCCAAUCUUGUCUUGAGAAGUCUAUUUUCGUGGUUUCACCAUCGGCGCAUCUGACUUCGAAGCCCAGACUGGGACCUCUUCGUUGCGGCAAUUCGUCGACCGUGCUGACUACAGAUAAGAAGAGCUGGAUUGAAGUAUUCGGUGAGGUAAUCUCAACUGCUUUCCCGGUGUGGGUGGCUUUUGGGUGCUUCCUAGGCCUUGUGCGACCCACCUCAUUCAAUUGGGUCCAGCCCAAAUGGACUGUGAUGGGUAUCACCCUCACCAUGCUUGGCAUGGGCAUGACUCUGACUUUUGAUGAUCUUCGCGGUGCCUUGGCUAUGCCCAAGGAGCUAUUCAGCGGUUUCAUGCUGCAGUAUUCGGUGAUGCCAUUGUCUGCAUAUUUUGUGAGCAAGCUCCUGAAUUUGCCAUCCCAUUACGCAGCAGGCUUAAUACUGGUAGGCUGCUGCCCUGGAGGCACAGCCAGUAAUAUUGUUACGUACAUCGCACGUGGAAAUGUGGCUCUCUCUGUGUUGAUGACUGCUGCAAGUACCAUAGCUGCUGUGGUUAUGACCCCUUUUCUCACAGCAAAGCUCGCUGGGCAGUAUGUUGCUGUAGAUGCAGCUGGUCUGUUCAUGUCAACUUUGCAGGUUGUGCUUCUUCCUGUUUUAGCUGGCGCAUUUCUAAAUCAGUAUUUCAAGAGCCUCGUUAAAAUUGUUUGUCCAUUAAUGCCACCCAUCGCUGUAGCAACUGUUGCAGUUCUUUGUGGAAAUGCAAUUGCUCAGAGCUCUUCCGCAAUCCUCAUGUCUGGUCAAAAAGCCGUCCUGGCCGUUGCUCUUCUUCACACAUCUGGGUUUUUCUUUGGUUAUGUACUCUCAAGAAUGCUUGGAAUUGAUGUAUCCUCUUCAAGAACUAUAUCUAUUGAGGUUGGAAUGCAGAACUCGGUGCUUGGAGUUGUCCUUGCCACACAACACUUUGGGGACCCGUUGACUGCAGUUCCCUGUGCUGUUUCUAGUGUGUGCCACUCAAUCUUUGGCAGCGCCUUGGCAGGAAUCUGGAGACGAAGCAUCCCCAGUAAAACUGAAUACCUGCAAAACAAGGCGGAGAACGAAGACAACUAGCCCCAGUUGGAACUCGGAGGAAGUUCUCAUUGUAAUUUGUUUGUGUUCCUCUUUUUGUUGUAUGAACAAUACAUUUUGAACUUCGGUGCUUGUGUACAACAAUGCUCACUUUUGGUGGGGUUAUUAAGUUAGAAAUUUCCGUAAACCAAGUCUGCACUGUUUCCAAGUUGAAGUACUAUUUAAGUGAUGAAUUGUAGGCGCCAA